AGUGAAUGGUCGUUCCAUUUUCUGCUCGGCCGUUCAAACAACCGAAGCCAAUAAAAGCACUGGGAAUCGCUGGUGCCAGGUCGGACGCGUUGUGCACGUGUCACGACCACGUGGUUGAUAAGGAGACCCAAACGCUCGCGGCUGCCCGUUAACGGCGGAAACACCCUGUACUGACGGCGAAGUACGGAAACGCCGUUAUUCGCUCAGAAAGGUAUAUAAAUGAAUUAUCCCGCCCUCCACAAUACCUCCAUCCUUCGAUUUUUCGAGUUUCUAAGAGGGAGAGAGAAUGAAAUGAACAGUGCGCUUGUUUGGUGAAAGGAAUUUCGACGGUCGAGAUAGCUUGAAUUCUUGCAAUGGAAAUGUUGUUACAGGACGCAAUUUAUCCGACGGAGCAGCAGCUUCAGCUCGAGGGUAUUUCAAGCCCCAUUACAGCUCAAAUGUUCGAUUUCUCCAGCCAUGAUUUCUUCCCUGAAACCUUCCAACCCUCCCAAGUCUCUUCCUCCUCAGCCUGCUGCUUCGAUGAAAACUCCUAUCUUACUGACCUUACCUUUCCUUCAUUCACAUCCGACGGCAUAACAAAGUUCAGCAACAACAGCAGCAGCGGCAGCAACAACAACAUUAGUACUGACGAUCAAACCAACAACAACAAUGAAGAAAACAACUACAACUACAACUAUAACGAAGAUGACAACCUCACCUUUUUCCUCGAUUCCCAACAAGAGACCGAACCUGAUGCCUCCGCCACCUUAACGAUGCUUUCCGUUCCUCCUCCUCUUCCUCCUCCCCAUGAAAACGAAAACCAGCAAUUCGACAUCUCGACGUUAGAAUCUCAAAUCCCAUUAACGGAUGUCAUUAGCAUUAACGGUGAUUGCUCUGAAGUUGCACCACCACCGCUGUUGCUGCCUUCUUUUGAAGAGGAGUGCCCGCCACCAUUGCAGUCUUAUGUGAAUCUGGAUCCGGCAUUGGCACCAUGUUCUGUUCUUGAAAUUUCUGGUAUGGAUACUUUCUUCGCGGGAAAUUCAAAUGGGAUAUCCAUGGAAGGUUCUGGAAUGUUUCCAGGAAGUUCUAUUUUAGAGUUGCAGACACAGGAAUUGGAUUUUCAGGGAGAGAAUAGGAGCAUCUAUUGUUCGGAAUCAGUUUACAGCUGUGAAGAUAUACAGGCCAUAAAUGAAAAGCAUCAGCAGCUGGUGGUGAGCGGGUGUGGAAGUCCAGCGAACCUUACAUCCGAGCUGUCCACCUUUGACGAGUCCGCGUUCAAAGUAAAGAGACUCUCCGUUGAAGAAAGAAAAGAGAAGAUUCAUAGAUACCUCAAGAAGAGGAAUGAGAGGAAUUUCACUAAAAAGAUCAAGUAUGCAUGCCGGAAGACGCUAGCCGACAGCCGUCCACGUGUCAGGGGAAGAUUCGCAAAGAGCGACGAAUUUGGAGAGGUGUCGAGGCCCAGCUACAGCAAUCAUGAAGAUGAAGAUGACGAUGAAAUCCAAGCUGUUCAUCACAUCCGUCCAUCUGCUUACCCAAGCACAAAAGUAGGCCAGUUCACGCAUCAGGUAGGGGUGAAAGAAGAAGAGGAGAUGCUUGAUUGCUCAGAAAUCUUUGCCCAUAUCAGUGGAGUGAAUUCCUUCAUGUGCAACUACCCUAUUCAAUCUUGGAUGUGAACCGUCCAUCAAGAUGACGAUUUUGUACUUUUUUUUUUCUUUUUUUGACCUCCAUUUCCAUGUAACCGGUCCUCAUCUCUCAUCCGAUAUGAUGAAUGGUGGGGAUAGAUUCUCGAUUUAGAAUGUAAUGGCCAUUCUGUGCACCUGCUGAAUUGGCAGGAUCUUAGCCGCU